AUGCUUCCAAAUAUGUCACGUGCCAUUCACACUGGAGUCCUGACGUCAAUGUUUUGGAAAUCGAAAUGCUACAAUUCGCAGACUGUUCUCAAUAUUUCAUCGAAACAUUAUCGUUCCUGUGUUGAAAGAACUAACCUCCAAGACUACAUCCAAACCGCAAGUUUGUUAAGUGCGCCGCGCAAAAUGGUCAAAGACAAUGACACCGUCAUUGAAGAGUUCAACGAGCUCGUGAACAUGUCCGCGAAGGACCUUCAGGACUGGCUCGGCCAAGACGAGUCCGCCGGCGCAGGCUGGUCCAAAGACGACGGCAGCGGCGAGACCAUUGGCCACGACUCGGGCCGCAAGAUUGUCGCCAUCCUGGAGAAGAACCCCAAGAAAGACCCCAGCAAGUACGAGCAAGACGACAUUGACCAUAUGCGCAAGGUUGUUGCGUAUUGCAAGAGGCAUCUUGCGCAGGAAGAGAAGGCCAAACAGGAUACGAACAGCAAGAGCUAUAAGAGCCUGAAGAAUUGGGGGCAUGAAGCUUAUAAAGCCUAG